UGUAUCUAAACUGUAUGCAAUCAAUGUGUCUUUGAUUGCGUCAUAGAUACUUGAAGGGGAAGUAUUUUGUUAUUUUUUUGUUUUUUGUAAAUAAACGUUUUAGGAUGUAUUUGAACUCGAAAUUAAAUGUACUGAAUAUGAAAUCUAAAGCACUGUUGUAAAUGACCAGGUUGUAAGGACUUGUUUUACUGUACAUCUAGUAACUAUGAAAAUGAAGUCUUUUUGUAAUAUUUGCUGUACAUGGAAUUGUGUUGCUAUCUGAUUCGUCCACGUCAAAAGCAUAUCUACAUAAUACAUUGUACUUUUUCGUAGUUAUUUUUUGAUUGUCACUUCCGAAAAUGGAUAUCCAAGGAAGAUACAAUGUUCGGAGUCCUGCAGUUAAAAGGUUAAUGCGAGAAGCGUGUGAAUUAAAGGAUUCCACGGAAGAAUACUGGGCACGCCCACUAGAUGACAACUUGUUCGAAUGGCAUUUCACUGUGCGUGGACCGCCGGCUACCGACUUUGAAGGUGGAGUGUAUCAUGGAAGGAUAAUACUACCAACGGAGUAUCCCAUGAAACCUCCAAAUAUAAUACUGUUAACACCAAAUGGAAGAUUUGAAGUAAACAAAAAGAUUUGUUUAAGCAUAUCUGGCCAUCACCCAGAAACAUGGCAACCGUCAUGGUCCAUACGUACUGCUCUUCUUGCACUGAUAGCAUUUAUGCCAACUCCUGGAAGUGGUACAAUUGGAUCUUUAGACUACACACCAGAAGAAAGGAGAAAACUAGCCCGUAGGUCACAGCAGUGGGAGUGCCAGAACUGUGGAAAGAUUUGUGAGCACUUGUCAAAUUCAACAUGCCUACCACCAACAAAAGAAGAAUCAAACCUUAUAAAGCAAAUAGCUCUGAAGGGAGAGGAACCAUCCGAGAGUGCAGAUGGUACUUUGCGACAGCGCCGAGCAGAUGUUGCGACAGCAGAACUAGUGCAGCAAGGUAUUCCAGCUGAACAAAUGGCUGGUUCUGACAGGAGUUCAGCUGCCAGUAGUGAUUCUCGAGGAAUGACUGUUCUUGUUUGGUUUCUGCUUGUAGCUAUUGCAUUUCUUAUUGUGCGGAGGGUGUUCCUCCUUUAAUUUACUUCUGCUUGUUUACAGCUUUCUGUAAAGUGAGAUUUAUUAAAAAUAUUGCAUUUAUUAAAGAUGUGAAUAUAUUUUGUUUUUAGUGGUGGGGAGAUUUAGAUUAUUGGAUAGUGAAUUUUCUGUUUUGCUACAAAUGUAAUAUAUUUCUGUAUAUUGAGCCCAGAUUGUACUAAAGACAAAUAUGUUAUAUUUUGUAUGAUAAACUUGUGUAUGAAAUGAAACAACUCGAGAAAGUCUAGAAGCAAAAGGUCUAUUAAAAGCCAUGCCCAUUAUCUCAGUGAUGUUAUAGUCUGAGCUUCUUCUGUUGCUCUAAUGUACAGAGCUCUAGAGAUGUCUAUCAUGCUUUCAUAAUCCUUUAAUAGCUGGAAUACACUCUUCUUAUAUGGUGUAAUAGAUGUUUUCAUAUUUGAUUUAGGAAAGUAAGAAAUCCUUCCUAGUCACUUUGUGUUGCUGUAAAACUGUAAAUAAAGUUAUUAUAGAAUUUAAAAAA